GUGGCCCUCCUCUGCUCCAUCUAUAACCUUUUUGAAAGGACUUCACUUAACACAGUGCACGGCAGGCAAAACAGAAUCCAAACGGACCUGAAGUACUUGGAAAAUGAGUGUUCUUCUCAUUGAAGCCUUUUACGGUGGUUCCCACAAACAGCUGAUGGAUCUUCUCCAGGAAGAGCUACAAGACGACUGUGUCCUCUGUACGCUCCCUGCCAAGAAGUGGCAUUGGAAAGCGCGGACUGCUGCUCUUUAUUUCAUGCAAACAGUGCCAGCAAGUACUAAUUACAGGAUCCUUUUUGCAAGCUCGGUGCUUAACCUGGCUGAACUCGCUGCCCUCCGCCCUGACCUUGGCAAAUUGAAAAAGGUCCUCUACUUCCAUGAGAAUCAAUUGGCAUAUCCUGUCCAGAAAUGCCAGGAAAGGGAUUUUCAGUAUGGAUACAACCAGAUUCUUUCAUGUUUGGUUGCUGAUGUUGUGGUGUUCAACUCUGCUUUUAAUAUGGAAUCGUUUCUCACAUCCAUUGGAAAAUUUAUGAAGCUGAUUCCUGACCACAGACCUAAGGAUUUGGAAAAAAUAAUCAGACCGAAGUGCCAAGUCCUUUAUUUUCCAGUCAGGUUUCCUGAUGUGAGCAGGUUCAUGCCAGAACAUAAGCUUGCCCAUUUGGAAAAGGUAAUUGGUGUUAAAAGAAAUGGAGAUGCUUAUCGAUGGGAGGGUCUGCCCGGCCAGCAGAAGAGCAGAGCUUUGGGAGGUUUAAUGAAAAACAGCAACGCGCAUCGCGAGUCUGGACUUUGUGAAGCCCAGCCUGGACUUUGUACCUCACAGCACGAGGGGCUGCCUUCCCCAUUAACAGCACCAGCAGGACUGAACAAGUCUGAACCAUCAGAAAGUACAAAUCCUUGUCAAGAAGAAGAUAAGCAACAUCUGACUUUUAACCUCUCUAAUAUCCUGAGUGGACGGGACUAUCAGCAAAGACCUUUACACGUUGCCUGGCCUCACAGGUGUCACGUGUCCGUCCUUGGAGAGGCUUUCACUGAAAUUCCAGAUAUCUUUUCAGAGGCCAAAAAAGCGUUGGGAUCUUCUGUCUUGCACUGGGGCUACUUACCCAGCAAAGAUGACUAUUUCCAAGCUCUGUGCAUGGCCGAUGUUGUCAUCUCGACAGCUAAACACGAAUUCUUUGGCGUGGCAAUGGUCGAAGCUGUACAUUGCGGCUGUUACCCGCUGUGUCCCAAAGCCUUGGUGUACCCAGAGAUAUUUCCAGCUGAAUAUCUGUAUUCUACACCUGAACAGCUUUUUAAAAGGCUUCAGAAUUUCUGCAAGAGACCAGAUAUUGUAAGGAAACAUCUCUAUAAGGGCGAGACGGCUGGGUUUUCUUGGGCAGCGCUCGGCGGUAAAUUCAGGUCUCUGCUCGCAGCAGAACCGAGGGAAGAUUUGUGACAGAUGGGGCUAAGUCACAAACUUGCAGCCUCAGGCAGAAUUGUGGAAGUUUCCAGAGUGUGCCCAUAUUUACCUGAUCAGAGAGAAAAGAAAAUCUGCAGAGGAAGCCGAGCCUGGCUGCUUGUCAUAGCUGACACAGAGCCAUCUGCCACAAACCUGUGGCGGCUUCAGAUCUCCAAUCCCUGCCACCACCCCAGCUCAAAUUAAAUACAGAUUCUUAGAGACGUUAUGAUGGUUACACAUGUCCUCGGCAUCACAUGCAGGAGACUGUUCAAAAAAAAUAUGUGGCCUGUUGUAUAACCGCACUCAUGUAUCCCAUAUGUGGUGCCACAUUGAAUUUCCGGUUGAAUCUGUUUUUAUCCUUUGUACUGGAUGACAUGGUGCCUGAAUUCUUUCUUUUCGCCGACACGAUGGCAGCCAAGCUGCAGCUUCAAACGCUCACACUUGGCUGAGUUUCUACCUAGGUUGCCAGGUUAUCAUUGGAGCCUUAUUGUGUCCUCAAAGGGCCACAGGGCCUGAAAGGAGGAUCCGAACGCUGCCGGACUAAUUGGGCAGCCAUCUCUGGGUUGUUUGGAGGCAAAGGGCUGCUUUAGCACUUUUCUUUUUUUUUUUUUUUUUUUUGCAAAUUAAUGACUCUCUGGCACAGGGGUUUUUAAGUGAAGGUAUUAAUAAGGGGUCUGGCAGGUAAUCCCAUGAUUCGCGGAGUUACAUUUGCAUUUAAUUAAUCUUAAAGAAAGCUGAAAGAUGAACAGCUGUAAUUCAAACUAGCAUGGGAAAUAUGCUACGUGGUGCCAUCUAUCCGAUAAAAUGAAAGCUGAGACACUUGUUUUAUUUCUCUCAAGGAUGGAGAACAAACAGAUAACGGUCAAAAUACUUCCAAUAAAAACCAGUAGUUUAAAUGUAACAGCAGUUCAUCAAGAAUCUUUGCAUCCAGUUACAAAUACCGUCUUUUAAAGAUAAAUCACUUAUGAUUCCAGCAGUCAAGCUGCUAUAUUUGUUGAUGUAAAAUGUUUUGAAGAUGUAGAUUGUACAAUAAAUUUUUAAUAAAGUGCCCACUGCAAUUUUUAAUUAGCAUAUCUCAUUCAUGUGUAAGUGUGUACAUCUAUCUGUAUGUUUAUCACUAUGCAUAUCCUUGUGUCAGAGUCAAUGAAUGCAAUUGUGUCUUUAUCUGAUGAAGUAGAAUCUGUUUUGCAAGUGAUAAUAAAACGUUAUGAC